AUGGCUGCACCGACGGUCCGAGCCAAAGCUCCGCCAUACCCCCGUCCCGUCUCGCCACUAGACAUCGAUGAGAUCCCAUUCUGCCCCGGCACGGUCGUGUACGAGCAAUGGACCGAUGAAGCGGAAGAGGAAGCGGCCAAGAGGGCGGCGAAAAGGCGGCGGACUGUCAGAGAUAACGCUGAGAGCUACUUGAGAGGCGAUCAGAUCUUUAUCAUGACUGCUGGGCUCAAAGGGCCUUUCGAUGGGGGCUGGAACAAUCCGUGGAGGACGAAACGUGAUUUUAUGGAUGUUGAGAUCGAAGUGCCUGAGACUGCGGCUCGGCAUACGAAUGUGAGAUCUGCGAGAGUGCCAGCCAUUGCCGAGACCAGCAUGAGGAAAGGACACGAGCCCGAGUGCAUUGACUUAACGGGCGCCGAUGAUGACAUUGAAUUCACUCAAACGCUUUUGGCACAGCAGAGAGCUGUAACCAAUGUUUUCAAAAAAGCAUACAACGCAUCCGAGGCGAACCGUACGCACCUUACACCAACAAGUGCAAGGCGGAUUGAGGACUGGUUGAGGACGAACGAUAACUUCAGAAUCACGAGCGAGCGACAGCCGGACAUUCGCAGUUCGCCUACACCGGCCUCCCGUGAGCAUCAUCUGCCUACUCCGGACAGUGCUAUCCAAAGACCCGUGUCUGCUGGGGGCCAAAACCACGAUACGCAGGUGGGAGAUUGGGCAACGCGGUUCAGCUCUAAGCAAGACCUUGGUCAAGCUUCUCCCAAAGCCGCAGCCCAUGAACUGUCGACUCAACAAACGCACGAGAGUCAAAACAGAGCCGAAGCUGCAAUCCUUGAGCAAAAGAUUCGGUCUGUUCAUAAACUUGCACCAUCUACCAGUCUACCUGGCUUCGAAUAUCGCCGGGUGAGGAAGACAUGUCCAAAGCCGAUCGAUGCCAAAGCCACGGCAGUUCUCGCUUCGGACGCGGCGAAGAUCAAUGUUGAAAGUGGUGUCGACGACGGCGACGCAGGUUCGAAAUCGGCCCCAAUUGCAGAGAAAGGGACGGUGGUCGAAAGGCUAGUCCUGAAGCCUGCGUUAUCAACGGAGACCUCUAAAACUACUACAGCCAACCACCUACCUAGUGCACAGGUCGUUUCUACAGUUCCAGGUCCGGACGGCGUAUCCAAUGUUCAAAGCACGGCAGAGCUUCUGCAGCCGGUCAAAGUACCGACUGACCAAGCUAUAACCCAAAGGCAAGAUUCUGCAUUUGACGCCAUACAGGAGCCGUCAGUGAUUCAGAACGGAGAAGAUGAGGGGAAGGUGGAAACGCCAGUUCGCAAUCCUGAUACGCAAGCACUACUUGGCGGCAGCAUCAAGCCCUUCGCCAUCAGCACCAUUAAGAAGCUCGCAACGAAGCAAAUACAGGCCAAAUCACCCGUCACGGUGACCAAGGUCCCAACGAAACCCAAACCCAAGACACGCAGCAGCAAAAAGAAGACAUCCUUUGCUUUGGAUCCUGCCUCUGAAGAAUCACAAUCUUCCAUCAAAGCCGGUCUCAAGGUGCGGAAAACAGCCACUACCCCGACCGUCUUUUAUGCCGCCGAAAAAAGCGCACUCGUCGAUGGUCUCGAUAAUCCCGAUGAUGAGGCUUACGGCCUCGACUCACCAACGAUGAACGACCGCAACCCUGCGACCGCCAAUGAUAGCCUCCCUUCUGUGUCUGACAUGUUCUCCGUCCCAGCACCACAGAAGAAGACCACUUCCGGCCACAAAGGCAUCCUCAAAUCUCGCUCGCAGCCCUUCUCCUCCGCACCGCCCGGCACGACCUUGACCGCCACGGGUGCUUCUGCUCCCGGCGGCACAAACGGGACGUACCAAUCGACGACCGGGUCCGAGAAGCAAGACGCGCAGCAGCCGCGGCAGUUGGACAUGUUUGCCAUUGAGAACGGCGGGACUCUGGGGCGGCGGAGUCAGGUUUUCGGGAAGGACUUAGACGUGGAUGUGGAGGCGGAUAUGGAGGGGGAAGGAGAUGAAUUUGACCUCGAUGCCGUGGUGAGUGAUUUGGGGAGUUAUCUCGGCACGUGGAACGUUGAGAGGGCGGUCGAGGAGGCGAAUGUGGGAGAAUGCCAAUAA